CAUAGUGAAACUCAUUCCGAUAGAUAAUGGAGACAGAUCUCUGUUCUUCGUACCUAUGCCGUGGCAUAGAAGUCUCUCGCGCGGGCGAAGGAGAUGCAUUUCUGGUACUGGUGGUAUUGGACAAGCUCUCAGGGAAUAAUCUAUUUAUUAUUUUCUUAUUUCUGCCUUUCUUUCCCAUGAACAGGCAAAUCAAAAAUUUCACUUCGAAUUUCGGACCUCAACAUCCUGCUGCUCAUGGUGUUUCACGAUCAGUAUUGGAAAUGAACGGAGAAGUGGUGGAACGUGCGGAACCACAUAUUGGAUCACUCCAGUGCGGCACGAAGCCGCUGAUGCCGAGUCGGCUCCUAUGCCGCUAGCUAUGCCCUGCUUGGUCCCCCGGCACGGUGGAGGUUCCGUAGCGCGUCAUGAGCACCGGGCUAAGGCCGCAGGCGGACGCGCGGUAGCGUUCGUGGCGGUUGAGCAACUCAAGCGAACCGCCUUACCUUAUUACAGCAUAGGUACGAAGAACAGAGAUUCGUUGAACUAUGUUCAACACUAUGUGAAACAACGAACAACGAAUCGUUUCAAAUGAGUUUUCUAACUACGUUCAACUCAUUCGAAAGAGGUACGACCAAAGGGACAGAAGGGAGAAGGUUGUGAAGGUGGCCUCGUUAUCCAUACCCCCGGUCGGAUGAAUGGAGGACCGACCGGACCCGGGGUUUCACGAGCGUUGGCGGGUUCUGGAGUGCCUGUCAAGGGCGCUAACGCAUACCCCGGGGUGAUCAUCACCACCUGCACCUCACAUCUCGGCACAGUGGAACGUGUAACCCGCCUGCUGUUCCAUUCCACUACAUUUGUUCCUGUAAUCCAUAGCCUAAAAAGAUACGUAUCUCACGAGGUACGAAGUUGCUCGAAGAUUCCUCUUCGAGGUACGAAGUUGCUCGAAGAUUCCUCUUCGAGGAACGAGGAACGAAACGGGAGAGGGACAACCCGCCCAUACAGCCAGCGGGGAGGAUGGCACUACUGGCAAAGACCGUCUGGCGAAAACGCCGCAGGCGCGAAGCGUGGUAGGCCUGCGCCGGGGGAGCAUAGCAUAGGGAUUUCACAUAGUGAAACUAAGGUACGAAGAACAGAGAUUCGUUGAACUAUGUGAAACUCAUUCGAAGAGGUACGAAGUCGCUCGAAGAGGGGAGAGGGAUCCCGGACGGUGGAAGAGCCAGGGGAGGCCGGGUCAUUCGACGGAAAUGGAAGGCCCUAUGGAGUGGAAGUGAGCUCGGAGCUAUAGAUAGAGUCAACGGUACGACAGACAGCGCUGCCUACACGCGAAUUAGCUUCCGAAUGAGUUUCACUAUGUGAAACAACGAACAACGAAUAGUUCAACUCAUUCGAAGAGGUACAGAGAACAGAGAUUCGUUUCACUAUGUUACACUCAUUUAGUUCAACGAACAACGAAUUUCGUUUCAAAAAACUCAUUCAGAGCAACUUCGUACCUAGGUUGAGCAGUCUCAAUUUCACUACAGGAUUUGCGAAUGAAUGCCUCGAAUGGCGUGAGCCGCAUGCGGGGAGACCCGCACGUACGGUUUGAAGGGGGAUCUG